AUGGUGGUGUACGCGGACUACGUCCUUGCGAGGUCAGCCUUACGGCAGUACUUCUGGCUCCUCGAUAAGAAAACACGCCAUGACUCUCUGCCAGUGCGUGGAUUCCACUUCGGACAACUGAUUGCGCCGCCCGAUCUCCUUGCUACGGCUAACACAGUUCACCUCGACCAUGACACAUACGAGGUACGGAACUACGACAUUGACCUCACUUCUCGCCCACUGACGUGA